AUGAAGAAAAUUUAUAAAGACAUCUAUCUUUCCAAUCUUGCUUGGGAGUGCUUUCCUGGGGGACACCAGUUUCUUCAGAGCCCUUAUAAAAAUGUCCAUUUUGACUCCUUGCACCUCCAAUAGUCAGCCAUUCAAGACCUAAUAUGUGACCAUUCCCUUUCUCCUGGAUGGUAUCGAUUUCUGCUCUUUGAUAGACCUGCUGAGAUGCCGACCAAAUGUGUUGAGAUGAACCACUGUGGUUCAUCUGCCCCCAUGUGGCUGUCUCUGAAAGAUUCAGAAACAUUGCCUCCACCUGGGGAAAUCAAGCAACUGACAGCUUGUGCCACAUGGCAGUUUUGUUCAGCACUGUGAAAGGCUGCUCUUUUUUUUCAAAUCCUGGUUUCUGUAAGAAACUGCUGAAAGUUUUUUGUGUACUUCCUACAACCCACUCAAGGAUGCAUGGGAUAUUGUGCAGAAGCUGUUUCUGAGGCAAAUUUAUAUUCAUGUGGCCCUGAUGAAACUGAAAUUGAAGGUGACUGUGUUUGUCAGCUGUCUGUCUCAUUACCACCACCUUCAGGAAGGCCAGAGGUUGUGGUGGAGCUUAUUGAGUCCAGGCUUUUCUGUAGGUGUGCUUUUGAUGUUUUCCCUACAAACAACUUGGUGGGAUUUCACAUAGCUUGGUCUAGGCUUUCUUCUCAAGAAAUCAAAGAAGAGCUGAAACAAGAGACCACAGUUCAGGCAUUCUCUCUUUUAGAAUUGGAUGGUAUAAAUCUCAGACUUGGAGACAGGAUAUUUUGUAGCGCUUCUGUCUUUUUCUUGGAGAACCCACAUGUACAAAGUUUAGCCAUCGAAAGCCGAGAAUUUUUUGCCGGCAUUAAGGUCAGUUACAACCUGAGCACUGUAUCUGAAGAUGGGAAUGAACACCAGUUGAGGAUAGAGAGCACAGUUCCUAUUGUUUGUCCUACUAGAUUCAGUGAGCUUGAUCAGGAGUGCAAAAUCUCAUUAAAACUGACAACUGUUGAUCAAGGUACAGAACAGCUAGGCUUAAAUUUGGCACUGUCUUCCCGUCACGUGGACCUUUGUGGGACAUCAUCCUGUGCUGACGGAACCUGCAGCCGUGCUUUUGUCUACUAUACUGCAGUUACACAUUUUUCACAAGAUGGGAAUAGAGUCACAAAUAUUGUAGUAGAACCUAUAGUUCAUGAGAAUUUCCUGUGGAACAGCUAUAUUCCAGACAGCAUCCAGAUCAGAGUGAAAGAUGUCCCAACUGCUUACUGCUAUUCAUUUGCUGAUCCACAUAUAAUCACCUUUGAUAGCAGGAUAUAUGAUAACUUAAAGACUGGAACAUUCGUGCUUUAUAAGAGUAUGUCACGUGAUUUUGAAGUCCAUGUACGUCAGUGGGACUGUGGAAGCUUUCACUAUCCUGUGUCAUGUAACUGCGGCUUUGUUGCCAAAGAAGAAGGGGAUGUAGUUACUUUCGAUAUGUGCAGUGGUCAGCUACAUGAAUCACAGCCAUAUUUAUUUGCAAAGAGCCAAGAUGUAACCAGCAAUAUCAAGAUAAGUGUGUUAGGAAGAAAAGUCACAGUAUACAAGGUUCCUGAGAUUAUAGAACUUGAGAAUGCUGGAUUCUGUAAUAUUUGAAAAUAUAACUGUGUGAUGGUGAGAGUUUUUGGUCAAGGCUUCAAAGAAUCACCUUCAAUUAAAUGUGAAGUUACUAAACUGAAGUUUAAUAGCAGUAAAUGGGUCCUUGAAGAAGCCCUCUACACAUACACUGUUUUUCAAAACAGCAGGACUGUUGAUUGUCAGUUGCCCGCUGAUGUUCAGCAGUCUAGUACCAUAGAUAUGAUGGGUGAGAAACCAAUCAUGAAGUGGCAAAUCAGUUCUAAUGAGGUAUCUAACAAUGGUUAUAGGUUCAGUAAUCCCAAAAUAAUGAUCAUAUAUGAUGGAGCUUGUCAAGUUUGUGGUCUCUAUGAAACGGACUUGUGUACUAGAUCAGAUCAGUCGCUCAGUCGUGAAAAUGUUUGCAUUAUCAAUGGACUCUGCUACAUUGAAGGGGAUAAAAAUCCUACCAGCCCUUGUUCAAUUUGUAGACCUAAAAUUUCAAAAUUUACAUGUUCAUUUUUAGAAAGUAAGUUAUUCUUUUUAAUCCAAAUAUUUAAAAACAAUUUAAAAUCAUGGCAUGGCUUGGAGAAUUUUUUUGUGGUAGACACAAAAAUCAGUAACUAUAAAAUUGAAACACGCUUUUUAAAUGAAUUUAUUGCACAUACUGUGGUUCUCACAAGGUCUGACAACAGUGUAACUAAGGAAGAGGAUGGUAUAUAUGAGAGACGGAGGAAUGUUAAGCCAACAAAUGGAAAUGCCUUUACCAUUUGUAAACAUCCUUGGGGAAGAAACAGAGAGUGUGUUGCCACAAACAUAUGCAAAUGCAAACCUGGUUACACUGGUUCUGACUGCCAAACUGAUUAACCAUGAGCUUUAUUUUUUACAGCUGUAUGUCAUCCUGACUGCAAAAACCAUGGAAAAUGUAUUAAGCCUAACAUUUGUGAAUGUUCCCCAGGACAUGGAACAAUCUGUGAUGAAGAAGGCUGUAGACCACCUUGUCAACAUGGUGGCACCUGCUUAGCUGGAAACCUCCGCUUUUGCCCGUAUGGUUUUGUAGGAAUAAGGUGUGAAACAAUUGUCUGUAACAGGCACUGUGAAAAUGGAGGCAAAUGUCUUAAACCAGAUGUCUGUGAGUGUAAGCGCUGGUAUGGACCUACUUGUAGCACAGCUUUGUGUAACCCCAUUUGCCUCAAUGGUGGUUCCUGUAAUAAACCAAACACUUUCACCUGUCCAAAUGGAUUCUUUGGUACACAGUGUCAGAAUGCUAUCUGCCAGCCUCCCUGUAAGAAUGGUGGUCACUGCAUGAGAAAUAAUGUGUGCGUCUGUCCUGAAGGAUACACUGGUAGGAGAUGCCAAAAAAGUUUCUGUGUUCCCAUGUGCAUUAAUGGAAGAAAGUGUGUGGGACAAAGCCUUUGCUCUUGUCCUUCUGGCUGGAGAGGGAAACAGUGCAACACAUCAAUCUGCUUUCAGAAAUGUAAAAAUGGUGGUGAAUGUAUUGCUCCCAGCAUAUGCCAUCGUCCUACCACACGGGCAGGAGCACACUGUCAAACACCAAUUUGCAAUCAAAAGUGUCUUUAUGGAGGCAUAUGUGUACUCCCCAACAUAUGUUCUUGCCGCACUGGAUAUUCUGGAGUCAAAUGUGAAAAGAAAAUACAGAUGGAAUUAGCAGAGUUUCACCUGCAGAUGGUGCUAGAUCCUCAGUUCCCAGAUAGCACACACGCAAUGCAAAACGACCACUGGCUUAUUACUGAUACACCCAACAACCUGUAUGAAUCUAAGAAAAUGUCGAGUCAGACACAGGAGUAUGUGAUGUAUGAGCCUAUUUACAGGAAGUUCAAAAAGAGACUAAAAUGGAAGCCGUGUACAAGAGGCCUCGCACCCAGCACUUUGGUCCAGAGUUCUCAGACGGCAAUGGCGACACCGGACACCUCAGUUCAAGAUGGCCGCGGUGGGCUGUGCGAAGAGGUGCUGCGCCUGCGCUCCCGGGAGCUUCCAGCAGCCAACAGCACGCCCGGGCCAAUCGGCAAGAACUCCGCCCCUCCCUGCUGCUAA